AUGAAGCUUGGACUUCUUUUCGCCGCUGUUAACAGCCAGAGAUUCGAAAGACCACCACCAUCGAACCCCGCCGCUGUUGUGGGGCCAACGAGCACUAAAGUAACUGAAGACGACUUCGUUCUCGUUCCAGAAGGAUACACCGGUGGUUUCCAGGACUUCAAUGUUACAGGCCUUCUCGCAGAGAACGCUGAUGACGACAUCUUCAACGAGUUUGAGAACCUCUUUGCUCAGGUCACCUCUGAGAUCAGCCGAAGUUCGUUCACCGAUGACCAGAAAAAGAACAUCAAAAAGUUCAAAUUGGUGAAGAACAUGAUCUUGUACCUUCAAAUGCUCCCAAUUUUCGGAAAAUUUUGCUUUUACGGCUGCUACUGCUUUGCUAUGGGCCCCUUCAAACUGCUGCAAAAUGCAGGUACCGGGGCCCCAAUGGAUGCUCCCGACUCUGCUUGUCGACGUCACGGAAGAUGCAACAUCUGCACCAAUCGUGAUUUCGGUGGUGAGGAAGAGUGUAACCAGUUCACACCUUAUGGAUUCGAAGCUGCAAAAGAUCCAGUUACUGGAGAAAAGUUUAUCAGAUGCACUGACGAAAUCGGAACCUGCAGCCGAUCAGUCUGCGAGUGUGAUGCCAAGCUUGCCUAUGACCUCAAGGACCUCGAGUUCUCCUGGAAUGUGAUGCACCACGGACGAUGGGCGGGCUUUGACGCCAAGGGUUCCUGCAUCGCCGGCGCUCCAGAAGAUCGUAUGGACAUGGACAAGUCGCCCAAGGUCAGCGAGCCAGUGGAAAGCUGCUGCGGAGAGUACCCAAUGCGAUUCCCAUUUUUGAGUGACAAUGGCCGCCUGGGAUGGGAAAACGGUUCCGGCAAAUUCCGCGAAUGUUGCGCGGGCAAAACGUUUGACCCCGCGCUGCUCGAGUGCUGCGACGGCCAGAUCACCGAGAUCGGCAGCUGCUAA